CUUGUACUAAGCGAAUUAAAUUAUUUCGACUAUCGAAUCCAUGUAUUGAUCCAUGUUUGUUAUUAUUUCCGUUAAUGAAACAUUUAACCCAACUUACAACCCUUAUUUUAAAUAAGAUUGAAGUUAAUCAUAUAGAACCAGUUGUUAAUCGUUUAUCUUCCUUACCUGUUUUAUCUUCAUUAACUAUAAUAUCGGUUAAUAAUCUUACCAAGAAAAAUAAUAUUUAUCCUAAAUUAUUUCGUUUAUCUAAAUUAAAAUAUUGUCAAAUAUCAAUUGAAUUAUUACAAUAUCCAAAAUCAAUACUUUGUGUUGCUACAAAUGAAUUUAGUUCUAUUGAAUAUCUUAUUAUUAAUAAUGAGAUUCUGAUUGAUCAACUUAUUGUUAUAUUAUCCUAUGUUCCACAACUACGUCGUUUAUCCAUUCAUUAUCUAACGAAAUCUAAACAUAAUCGAAUAGAAAAAGAUGCAGUAAACUUAAAUCAUUUAACAAAUGUUUCUAUUAAAUUACUCUGUGCUCCUUUUGAUCAGUUUGAAAUUUUAAUGAAUAAUUGUUUUCGUCAAAUUCAAGUUUUAAGUAUUGCAACAUACUUUUUAUAUGGAAUUCAUCCUAACACUGAUGAAUAUAUCGAUGCUGAUCGAUGGGAACGACUAAUUUCAACUCAUAUGUUAAACUUACGUAUUUUUGAUUUCCAAUAUACAUGUGAUGGAUUAGAUCCUGAUUAUAAACAUCCAGAAUUUGAAACUCUUGUCAAUAAAUUUAAUUCAAAAUUUUGGAUAGAACAUCAAUGGUUCUUUAAUUGGCAUUAUCGUGAAACAACAUUGUCCACUUAUGCUAACUUUUAUUCAAGAAAUCCAUAUAGAAGAAAAGAUUACGUAUUAUAUGAUCAGCUGAGUGAAAACAAGUGGUCAACUCGUUUUGGUAUGAAUAAAGAUCCAAUUGAUCAUAUUUGUAUUCAUACGACAGAUAUGAUGAAACAAUCUACUGAUAAAUUUGCAAAUGCGACUAAACUUACACUUUAUGUAGAUUUUGAUUUAAAUCAUAUUUUUCCAUUGAAAAAAAUUACUAACUUAUCCAUUGAAUGUUGUCGUUUUUCUUUUGAAAAAUUAAUUGAACUUUUACAAUUUACAUCAAAUGUUCAUACAUUGAAACUUGACUCAAUGCUACUUUUUCGAAAUAAUUCGAAUUCAAUUCAACAAAAUCCAUUAACUCAAUUAGUAUCGAAAACAAAUAUGAUAACAAAAGUAACAAUUAAUAAAGAAAUUACAUUAGAAAAAAUUCAAUUAUUAACCGCUGUUUUUCGUCGAAUGGAAAAUCUUACUAUUAACUUAUUCAAACAAGAUUUAGAACCUAUAGCUCGUUUUUUAUUGUCAAAAUCUAAUAAUAAUACUCCCUAUUUAUCUUCAUUAUGUAUUACAAAACAACGUAAUGAUCUGAUGAUAAUAUUGAAAAAUUUACGUAAAUCAAAAAAACUUCUUCGUGAUUAUAUUCUAAAACUUAUUAAUCGAAAAUUGUAUUUAUGGUGGUAA